AUAUUUUGAUCUUUAACUCAGAACCACAGCAAACCUCAAAUACGCUCUCCGCUCAAGGUUGUUUUCUCUUGCAAGAACCAAAUCAACAUGGAGGACUUAACUGUGGAAGUAUGCGGCGAAAACGGCGCUCUUUAUAAGGGUUACGUUAUAGAUGUUUUCGACGAAGAGGUCCUUAUACAUUUUGAAGAUGAUUGGCAACCAGAUUCAAAGUUUCCUUAUUCCCAAGUUAAAUUACCACCAAAGUCUGAAGCAAAGAUAGAAUUCACAGAAAAUAUGGAAGUUGAGGUAUAUUCUAGUGCGAAUAGUCAGGAAGGUUAUGGAUGGUGGAAAUCAAGAAUAAAGAUGAUGAAAGGCGAUUUCUACGUAAUCGAAUACGUAGGAUGGGAAAAUACUUACACGGAAAUAGUUAGCGUCGAUCGUCUUAGGUUUAAAAAUAGUAAUCCACCAAUCGAUAAAACAACGUUCCAUAAAUUUGAAAUAGAAGUUCCUGAAGAUGUACGUGAAUAUGCCAAGAUAGAAAACGCCCACAAAGAGUUCCAAAACGCAAUAGGCGCCGGUUAUAUAAGCUACAACGCCGAUAAGGGUGUUCUAAUAGUAAUAUCUCGAAACGAAUGGAGUCGUAAACGAGCCUCGAUACUUCAAGAUAUGCAUUUCAGAAGUCUAUCACAAAAAGUGUUCUUAUUAAAACGUACCGAGGAAGCUGCGAGGCAGUUGGAAAGUACCAAACUGGCGACAAUAGGAGGGUAUUCUGAUGAGUUCAUUGUUAGAGAAGAUUUAAUGGGUUUGGCUAUAGGAGCCCACGGUGCUAAUAUCCAGCAAGCUAGAAAAGUAGACGGUAUAACGAAUAUUGAAUUGGAAGAAAAUUCGUGCACGUUUAAAAUUUUCGGCGAGACUGACGAGGCUGUGAAAAAGGCACGAUCAAUGUUAGAAUACGGUGAAGAAUCUCUUCAAGUACCGAGGGCUCUAGUUGGAAAAGUUAUCGGUAGAAGCGGUAAAAUAAUCCAAGAAAUCGUAGACAAAAGUGGAGUGGUUCGGGUUAAAAUUGAAGGGGAUAAUGAACCGCAGCCGACGAUCCCUCGAGAAGAAGGGCAGGUACCUUUCGUUUUUGUAGGAACCGUAGAAAGUAUAUCGAACGCAAAAGUGCUUCUUCAGUAUCAUUUAGCUCAUCUUAAGGAAGUGGAACAAUUGAGACAAGAAAAAUUGGAAAUCGAUCAACAGUUGCGCAGUAUACAUGGUACCGGUAUGGGUUCGAUGCAGAGCCUAUCGAUGAACCGCCGUAACGAUCGUGGUUACAAUUCGGAUAUGGACGGCGGUAAUCGAUCGGGUAGAGGAGGUUCGAUGAGAGGUCGAGGCGGUCGGGGCCGAGGCGGUAGAGGCGGCAACGACAGAUACAAUUCCGGUUCUCGACAUCAGACUCCGGAUACGGCGGACGAACGAGUCCACGAUUUACCGCCACGUUAUUAUGGUGGACUGAGAGGUAGAGGUCGUAGGGAUCCGAGGCGAGACGACAGAAGACGUACCACCGAUGACGAGGACACGGUUUUAGAUAGCCAAGACGUAUCCAGCGUCGAUAGAGAGUCGGUAUCGAGCGCAGACGUACCUCUACCCUCCGAUGGGGGAUCUCAACGUAGACGGAGACGUCGUGGAAGACAACGCAGUCAUACUCGUUCCGAAACGUCGACAACUCGACAAGUUGGUGAUAAUCUGAGCAACCACCACGGCGCCACCGGUACUAACGACGUGUCUCACACCAACGACAGCGGACAUCACGACAUUUCGAGACCUCGCGACCCGAAAAACCGCCCAAACAGACCGCCACCGACUCGCCGAAAUGAUCCCAAACCAAAGGAAACCAUGGUGAACGGUACAAGUACAUAGAGUUGUAUGUUUCGACGUUACAUUAAUCAUAUUUGUGCGCUGUCGGCCGUUGUGGUAUAGUAAAGUGUUAAAAUUGAAAAUGAAGAAUGCGCAGCUUUAGGUAUUUUACCUAUUUAUUUGGACUUUACCCUACCGCAAAGGCAGCUCGAAUUUUUUUUUUUUAUUUUUAGUUGUCGUUAUUGUUAAUUUUUUUUGUGUUGCAUAUCUUUCCCCGGUAUAGUCACGACUUGGAAAAAAAAAUUUUAAAAUAUAUAUUUAAGUGGGUGGUCUGCUACCCCACCUCGGAUGAGACCCAGAAAGACUGUUUGGUUCUGUGAACCGUCACAGAAGAGACUGUUUUACUACAAUGUUCAGCGAAGUCUGUGAAAGUGUGUGAUUGACAAUUUAAAAAUUUUCAUGUAAAACCUGGAAGAUUUGUGACAACUUUUCUAAUUUUUCAUACAUUGGAUAUCGAACUCUCUCUCCCCCAUUUAGGCGCACAUUUUUUUCUCGUCGUUGUUAUUUCUUAGGCACAAGAAGUACGUUUAUAAUGAUGGUCGUUAUCUGGUCCUUCGAGCCGGAUUUGUAUCAUGAGGCUCGAAGGACCAGUUGGUAGUAAAGAAUUUAUAUCGGUAUUUUUUUUUUUUUUUCGUAGAAAUAUACUCUGAAAGUAUUUCCACACAAUAUAUUUUUGUUUUCAAUUUUAUAUCGUUAUUAAUUGCUCAAAAAUUAAUGAAACUAUUUGAAACAAUAGAUAUUUUUUGAAUUUAAUUCCAUUAUUUAAUUGAUAUUGAGGUAUUCCUAGAACCGCUAUAAAUAACAAUUUUGCAAUCUGGGCUUUCGAGCCGGGUUUAAAACAGCGCCAUGUUGAAGAUCCAAACGGUUAUGAAUGUUCGGCAUAUUUAUAUCGGUAGUUUUUUAGCAAAAAUUCGAAAUUUGAUCGUUGUUUAUCACUCAUCGCAUUAUUUUUUUCUAUAUUUUAAACCAAACAAGACGUACUAUCAGUACAAGAAUCCUGGUUCUUCGAGCCGCGUAUAAACCAACGACUUAUAGAGAGCUCGAAGGCCUGGUUGUUUAUUUGAAGUUUUCAAAAAAAAUUUGCAGAAGAAUACGACAUAAUUUUCGUUAUCGAAACAUUCGAUUCUCACAUUUUUUGUUUUAUCUCAUUUAUUUGAUUAUUUUUAUUUAUUUAAAUAAAUUUACAACUUAUUGCGAUUUACGUACCUCUUGUGCCCUUAACCUCGAAAUAGUGGCAUAAAUAUACAAGUUAAUACAGUUUAGCAGCAAUUGAUGGUAAAUAUUGUAAUUAUAUCAAUUUCCAUUAAUUUUUUUCCAUUUUUCGUUGAAUAUGUCUUAUCACGAAGAAACUUUUCCGGGUGUAAAAUCAUUUAUUUUUAUUUUUUUAAUUUUUCUCACUAGAAGUGAAUUUUCAUUAUCUUUGUAUGUAGUUUCCGAUAAAUGGCGCUAAUUAACGCAAUUCUUGGAAAAAAUUGUUAAAUCGUAUAUUUCAACCUCUAAUUUUAUGCCACUGGAGGAUUGUUUAAAAAUAUUCUCUACAUAUUCGAUUUCCUUCAUUUACCAUCGGUUAAUUAAUUUUUUGAAAAAAAAUAUUUCUGUAAAAUUUGUAUUUAUAUAUUUUAUUUAUUAUUUUUUAUUUUGUUUCUCUUGGUAGUUUGUAGCACUGUAAAAAAAUUACAGAUUUGUUCUUUUUUUCCUUUUGUAAUAUUAAGUGUAACAUUGUAAAUACACACGUCGUCCUGAUUUUUUUUGUAGAUUUUACAGCGUUUUGAUUAGUUGCUCAUGUUAUGUUUAAAUUACACCGAUAUGUUUAUAUGCUGUGUAUUAAUAUCACAUUUUGCAUUAAAUAAAAUGAGUAAAAAUC